CUUUAGGUGGCGCACCGACGUCCGUUCAGCGUCAAACUGACGUAAACAAACGCACUGAAGAAACAGCAGCGGCGGUUUUGGGUGACGCAGGUUUACAACAAAUAUUACAAAUUGUGAAUGGCAGCAUCUUCAUCCUCCUCCUCGGCCGGAGGAGUCAGUGGAAGUUCGGUGACGGGAUCCGGUUUCAGCGCUUCAGAGCUCAUCCCGCCCAGAAAAGUACUAUACACCUACCCGAAAGGAGCCGGAGAGAUGAUGGAGGAUGGAUCUGAUAGAUUUUUAUGUGAGUCUGUGUUCAGCUAUCAAGUUGCAUCCACACUGAAGCAGGUUAAACAUGAUCAACAGGUGUCACGGAUGGAGCGUCUGGCAGGACUGGUGGAGCAGUUGGAGGCGGACGAGUGGAAAUAUAAACCCAUCGAGCAGCUCCUGGGAUUCACAACCUCAUGACUGCAUUCAUACAUCACUUCCAGAAGAGACGGAUCUGUUUCUCUGCUUGUAAACAUAUUCAUAAGCCUUUUGUUUCCCAUCUUCAAUGAGCUGAAAUGAAUGUUACAUGUACUGUAGGUGUGUGUUGUUUUGCACUGGUUUGAUCAUGUGUGUGUAAAUAUGCAUUGUGUUUUUUUGGAUACAGCCUUAGGAAUACUUUAAAAUAAACCCAUGUUUUCACAGUGUUGAUUUUUACAUGUAUGAACUAUGAAUACAUGUUCAAUAAAAGCCUUUUAAGCACAA